UGCCAUGGUUCACUUCUUACACCCGGACGUCUCGCCCCGGACCAUCGUUCCUCCAGACGCCCAGAAGGAUGCCCUGGGGUGCUGCGUGGUGCAGGAGGAGGCAUCUCCCUACUCUUUGGUCAACAUCUGCCUGAAUGUCCUGAUUACUAACCUGGAGAAAUUGUGUUCUGAAAGAUCUGAUGGAACACUAUGCUUUCCAAAGUAUUGGAGUUUCCCUCAGGAAUUAGCUGAUCAGUUCCUUGGGAUGAUGACUUGGCAAGGCAAGCUGACUGAUAGAACAGCGAGCAUUUUCCGAGGCAACCAAAUGAAACUGAAGCUGGUCAAUAUUCAAAAAGCUAAAAUCUCUACAAGUGCAUUCAUAAAAGCUUUCUGCCAUCACAAACUUAUUGAACUGGAUGCUACUGCUGUGGACACUGAUCUUCCAAUCUCAGACAUCCUACGUGGACUCUGCAGCAAUAGCUGGAUCCAGCAAAACCUCCAGUGUCUGCUGUUGGACUCUACAAGCAUCCGUCAGGAUUCAAAACUAAUGUUCUUUGGUCAGCUCACUGGACUUCGUGUUUUAAGUGUUUUCAAUGUUUGUUUUCAUAGCGAAGACCUGGCUAAUGUUUCUCAGUUACCAAAACUGGAAAGCUUGGAUAUCUCCAAUACUCUGGUCACUGACAUCUCUUCACUCCUUACUUGUAAGGAUCGACUCAAAUCUCUCACAAUGCACUAUCUGAAAUGCCUGACCAUGACCAAACCACAAAUUCUUUCAGUUAUUAGAGAACUUAAAUGUCUACUUCACCUUGAUAUUUCUGAUCACAGGCAAGUCGAAUCGGAUCUAGCUUUUCAUUUGCUACAGCAGAAGGAUAUUCUACCUAAUGUUGUGUCACUGGAUAUUUCGGGGGCCAGUUGCAUCACCGAUGGAGCUGUAGAACUGUUUAUACGGCAGCGGCCUGCAAUGCGAUUUGUGGGACUAUUGGCUACAGAUGCUGGUUAUUCUGACUUCUUUACUACAAAGCAAGGCUUGAGGGUUGCUGGAGGAGUCAGUAUGAAUCAGAUUUCAGAAGCAUUGAGCCAGUACAGGAACAGGUCAUGUUUUAUGAAGGAAGCCCUCUACAGGCUCUUUACAGAAACGUUUUCAAUGCAGGUAACCAUGCCUGCUAUUUUAAAGCUUGUGGCUGUAGGAAUGAGGAACCAUCCAUUGGAUUUGCCAGUGCAGUUCACAGCCAGUGCUUGCGCCCUCAACUUAACACGCCAGGGCCUGGCCAGGGGAAUGCCUGUUCGUCUGUUGUCAGAGGUCAUCUGUCUACUUUUCAAGGCUCUGAAAAAUUUCCCCCAUUGCCAGCAGUUACAGAAGAAUUGUCUUCUCUCCUUAACCAAUUCCAGGAUUCUUGUGGAUGUUCCAUUUGACAGGUUUGAUGCUGCCAAAUUUGUUAUGAGAUGGAUCUGUAAGCGUGAAAACCCCAAGAUGCAAACAAUGGCAGUGAGCGUCACCUCUAUUCUAGCCUUGCAGCUCUCACCUGAGCAAACUGCACAACUUAAGGAAGAGCUCUUCAUGGCAAUUAAGGAACUUCUAGCGAUAGUAAAACAAAAGACUACUGAGAAUUUAGAUGAUGUCACCCUCUUGUUUACUUUGAAAGCACUUUGGAAUCUUACAGAUGAGUCUCCGGCUGCCUGCAAGCACUUUAUGGAAAAUCAAGGAUUGACAAUCUUUAUCCAAGUCUUAGAGACUUUUUCAGGGUCGGCAAUACAAAGCAGAGUACUUGGUCUUUUGAACAAUGUAGCCGAAGUCAGAGAACUCUCUUCCAAGCUGGUGACCAAAGAUGUGGUGAAGCAUAUCUGCGCCUUGCUCCGUAGUGAAACAAUUGAAGUUAGCUAUUUUGCUGCAGGCAUCAUAGCCCACCUGACAUCUGAUAAACAGCCCUGGAUGUCCUGUGACCUUCAAAGGAGUGCUGUUCUCCAGGAUCUGUAUGCAACCAUUCAGAAUUGGCCAAGUUCAAGUUGUAAGAUGACAGCAUUGGUGACUUACAGAUCCUUCAAGGCAUUUUUCCCGCUCCUUGGCAAUUUCUCUCAACCAGAGGUGCAGCUCUGGGCACUAUGGGCUAUGUAUCAUGUCUGCAGUAAAAACCCCAGCAAAUACUGCAAAAUGUUAGUUGAAGAAGAAGGAUUGCAGCUUUUGUGUGACAUCCAGGAGCACAAUGAGGCAGACCCCCAAGCACAGCAGUUUGCAGCCUCCAUUCUAGAUGACUUCAGAAUGCAUUUCAUGAAUUAUCAGAAACUACCUUUGUGUUGA